AUGAAAGUGCGCUUGAUGUCCCCAGAUCAAGGACAAGUCCAACGACCUUUAGACGACAGCAACACAGUUUUCCACCACUUCCCUGAGCUUGCAGCCGAGAUACGCCUGAAGAUAUGGGACCUGGCCAGACCAGGUAUCAUUGACGUCUAUUGCGACGAAGAUGGUGUCCCACAGGUCAAGCCACACCCGUUCCUUUCUGCUUGCCCUGAAAGUCGCAGCGUCUACCUCCAUGGCGCUUCAUACCUCAGAGACACGGGCUGUUCUCGAGAUGCGAAACUGGCAAACAUACCAUUUCACUUCGAUCAAGAUCAUUUCCGCCUACAUGCCCCCAGUCCCAGUAUCAGUCUGCGUCAGCUCCUUGAUCACUCGACGAAGAUCGUACUGCCACCUGACAGUUUUGAGAACUCAAAGUGGCUAAGCCCUCGGUACCCCAAGAAAAUGGAUAUCCGAGUCUGUCUUGCUGAUUUCACCAACCAUCUGAUCCUUACCCCGGCCUCUGCAUUCGGAGAUUCUUCCCCCGCCGAUGUCUACAAGAAGAUGCUAGACACAUAUAACAAUGCCCAAGAGGAAAUGGUGCAGGGGAUGGUGAGCAUGUUGCAGGGUCAAGUAUUAUCUCCACCAUCUCGCUCGUUGGUUGAAAUGAUCCGAGCAGGUGCCUAUCGCGACCUACGCAAAGACCUCGAGGCCUGGGACUUAAUGUUAGACAAAGAGUUGCCACAUAUGCCAACGGUCGAGGAAAUCAGGAAGGCCAGAUUGCCAAUGCUUGUAUACGUUCCGUUACCUCCUGGAGUCUUGAGUAUUAUGGGCGGUGUAAUUACCAGCUGA